UGCGUUGCUAGGAUACAGAGCGUUUCCAGGGUUGUGCUGUUAGCAGCUCUCUGGAUAAACAGAUGGAAACUGACCAGACAAAGAGAUAAAAACUCUCCAGAUAAAGACCUUUAUCUUCCAGGCUCAGCUGGUCCGGGGCUAACCGAGGCUAACCGAGGCUAACGGGGGCUAACCGGGCCUGACCGGGGCUGACCGGGUCAGAUUCGUGCCCUACGGUGUCACAUGGAGCGGGCUGACCGGGGGAGGGCCGCCCUGCUGCUGAGGAACCAGCCGUACGACGAGAGCCUGGAGGUGGCCGACGCCGAGGAGAUAGCGAGCGUCUCCAGCCAGACUCCCCGCAUCCAGCGCCAGUCCGAGUCCAGGAGGACCAGGAGAGUCCACGGCCGGAUGUCGGCCCACAGCAGCAGCGAUGAGUUCGAGGACGAGCACGCGGCUCGGAGAACCAAGGAGCCGGCGGCGGCGGCGGUGAUGGUGGGGGGGCAGGGCGGGGUCAGUCCCAAUGAGGAGGAGGACGAGGAGGAGGAGGAGGAGGAGGAGGACUCUGAGGAAGACGACACAGACGAGGACGAAGACCCCGCGGAGGUCCCGGAGGGGGCGUACGACCCGGCAGACUACGCCAACCUGCCGGUCAGCACCGAGGUCCGGGAGCUGUUCCAGUACAUCACACGCUACAGUCCUCAGUCCAUAGAUCUGGACCACAGUCUGAAGCCGUUCAUCCCAGACUUCAUCCCGGCCGUGGGGGACAUCGACGCCUUCCUGAAGGUUCCCAGACCAGACGAUAAACCAGACUCUCUGGGUCUCCUGGUUCUGGACGAACCCAGCGUCAAACAGUCGGACCCCACGGUUCUGUCCCUGUGGCUGUCAGAGGACACCAAGAGACACGGGGCCCCAGAGCUGAAGAAGGUGUCCAGCGUGUCCUGUCCUCAGUCCAACCCUCGUCCUGUGGACAUGUGGGUGGACAGCAUCAGUGUCCUCCAUCGGUCCAAACCUGCAGCCAGCGUCCACUACGUCCGUCCCAUGCCGGACAUCGACGUCCUCAUGCAGGAGUGGCCCCCGGAGCUGGAGGACAUGCUGGGACGCGUCCAGCUGCCCCCUGCCCGUCUCCGCUGUCCCCUGUCCCAGUACGUGGACGUGGUCUGCAGCCUGUUGGACAUCCCCGUCCACGACAACAGAGUCCAGUCCCUGCACGUCCUCUUCAGCCUCUACCUGGAGUUCAGAGACUCGCAGCACUUCACCCGCAGGGCCUAGGAC